AUGAUCUUCGAGCCGCACUCACUACUGGACCACGCCGUGACCGUCGGCAUCAUCACGCCGCAGGUGAUUCGGCAAGCCGGCCCAAUACGAGGAACAAUCGCGCUCCUGAAGUUACUUUUCAUCUUCUUCCCCAAAGCCACACUCCAGCUCGUCUGGACACGGUACCUGACGGCUCGCAAAAACCAACCCCUGUACGUGCAGCAGGCCAACGUGUCCGAGGACUUCGCCUUGCGGCUGCUGCGAUGGUCCGCCGCGAGCCUGCACCCGCGCGUUCUGCGCGCCAUCACGGGGCCGGCUUCGGCGGCGCACAUCGUCAAGUGGCGCGCGUACCGCAACGGCUACGCCAAGUACGACGAGGAGGUGCAGGAAAAGGUCCUGGAAGAGGGACCCGAGAGAACAGAGGGCAUCUGGGUUAGGCAUGAUAAGACCAAGAGGCACGAUAUCAUCCUCUUGUACAUGCACGGUGGCGGCUACGCUGUGCUCUCGGCCAAGUUUUACCUCGAGUUCCAGCUGGCGUUGCAGAGCAGCCUGCUCGAGGCGGGCUACGAGAAUCCGGCCGUCUUCAGCCUCGACUACACGCUGGCACCUGACAAGCACUUCCCGGGGCAGCUCAACGAGGCGGUGCUUGCGUACAAGGAGGUGCUGGCGGCGGCUGAUGCCGAAACCAAGAUCUGCGUCGGGGGCGACUCGGCGGGCGGGAUGCUUACGCUGACGCUGCUGCAGGACCUGGCGGCGCGGCGGCUGCGCGACGAGCCCCUGCGGCACCCGGACCUCGCGCUGCUCAUCUCACCAUGGGUGACGCUCAAAACGCACCUGCACCGGGCGUCGUCGCUUGACUAUAUCCAGCCGGAUACGCUCGCGCGCUUCGCCGACAUGUACACGGGCGGCGGCGGCGUGGGUGCGUACGCGUCGCCUGCGUCGCCGGGAAGCUGUCAGGACGAGGGCAUCUGGAAUGCGGCACGGCCGGAGCGGGGGUAUGUUGUGACGUAUGGCGAGGAGGAGGGUCUGAGGGAUGACAUCAAGACCCUGAUCCGGCACCAGGAGGCGCGAGGAGUACCGGUGCGGGUGCUGGUGGACAAGGGCGGCGUGCACGUGUGGCCGGUGAUUUCGCUCCAGUUCUGCACGAGAAACGAGAGGCGCGUGCAGGGAAUCCGGUCUAUAGUGAAGGAGAUUAGAAACGCGUUGGCGUAG